UGCACAGGGGCGAGCAGCGACCGCGGAAAGAAGCGAACGAUGUUCGAGCUAUACGGUGUGAAUAAAGAUGGCAUGGUUUAUCGGUCUCCACCGGCAAGAAGAAAAGAAGUGGACAUAUUAGAGACUUGCUUGCAGCUAUCGUCUCCAGAACUAAUGAGAAAAUUGCCUAAUGGCGAUGCGGUGCACUAUGCGAAGGACACGGGGGUUUCGACUUCUUUGGAUAAAGGAAAUUUGGGAAAAGAAGCAGGAAGGGAAAGCGGACGGAGCCUGGUGAGAAAAUGGAUAGUGAUGGCAGGCUUCUUCUUUCUUGGAUGUGCCUUGGUCGCUGGUGUAGGAUUACCUCUAGCCUUAGAACUACGAAGCUCCCAUUUAUUGGAGACUAGGCUUCAAGUGGUGCGACGUAUGCUCUCCGAAAUACCUCUGAUCGAUGGGCACAACGACUUGGCGUGGAACCUUCGAAAACACCAGGGAAGCACAAAACUGCAGGACUUUCCUUUCGACGAGAACUUAUCUCGAAACGAGAGCUGGGGCUCUCAAUGGCAAACCGAUCUGGUACGAUUACGACAGGGUAUCGUUGGUGGACAAUUUUGGUCGGUGUACGUUCCUUGCGAGGCACAAUUUCUGGACGCGGUGCAGCUCACCCUGGAACAGAUAGACGUGGUACGAAGACUCGCCGCGAGGUAUCCAAAGAAAAUAAGACUGGUAACGAGCAGCAAGGAGCUUGAGAAGGCGCACAAGGAUGGUGUGAUCGGGAGUCUUGUAGGGAUCGAGGGUGGUCAUAGCAUUGGAACAUCGAUGGCGGUAUUGAGGAGUUUCCAUCGAUUGGGAGCUCGAUACAUGACACUGACACACAAAUGCAACACCCCGUGGGCAGAUUCGUGUUCGGUAGAGGAUCCAAACUCGGACGCGGCGUUCGACUUUCACAGCGACGGAUUAUCGGUGUUCGGCAAAGCGGUGGUUAGAGAGGUGAAUCGAUUAGGGAUGCUGGUUGAUCUGUCUCACGUCUCGAUAAGAACGAUGAGGGACGCGUUGGCGGUUAGCAAAGGACCGGUGAUAUUUUCACACAGCGCGGCCAGAGCUCUCUGUAAUUCGUCGAGCAACGUUCCGGACGACGUGCUUCGUGACUUGUCGCUGAACGGUGGUCUGGUUAUGGUCAGCUUCGACAGCGCGCAUUUGAGCUGCGGCGAUAAAGCUACCAUGCGCGACGUGAUAGCUCAUAUAAAUCACAUCAGGCGAAUAGCUGGCGUGAACCACGUGGGUCUUGGAGCUGGUUACGAUGGUAUAUCGAGCCCUCCUGUCGAACUUCCGGACGUUUCUGCAUAUCCUUUGCUAUUGGCCGAGUUGACCAGAGAUCGAAGAUGGUCAGCUUCGGAUAUCAAGAAACUGGUCGGUAGAAAUUUGUUGAGAGUGUUGAAGGAAGCGGAGAACCAGGCGGUGACCAUGUCGCAUCAGUUCCCCGCGGAGGAGCUGAUCCCUCAGGAGCUGAUCGAGGACAACGCUUACUGUAGAUACCAUGACGUGUAGAAAGGAAUCGCGUCUUUGUACCUGCCAAUUACUUAACUGUUUUACAUUACAUUUUUUAAUAAAGUAGUCACGUAUCGUCC